AAGCUUCAUCUAGAAGGUUGUUACUUUCUUCAGACGCACAGCGGGUCACUCUUUUCUGAGGCUCUUGCCUCUUCCAUGGCCUCUUCCAGAGACUAAGACACCAAUCUAGAGAGCGCCAUGGGCCUCCGGACCACUAAACAGAUGAGGAGAAGCACAAAACAAGCCUCUGGUCACCACGAGGAUCAUAUGGCAAAGGAGCCAGUGGAAGACACGGACCCUAGCACUUUAUCCUUUAACGUGUCAGACAAAUACCCCAUUCAAGAUACAGGACUCCCUAAAGCUGAGGAAUGUGAUCCAAUUACUUUGAACGGCCCAACAAAUUCUGAUGCGCCACAUGAGGGAGAAGAAAACGGCUUUCCAGACAGUACUGGAGAACCCCUUUCAGAUAUAAGCAGAGGCGAGUCCUGCAAGGAGGACUGCACUUGUCCCGCCUGCUCGCUCCGGGCCCCCACCAUAAGUGACUUACUCAAUGAUCAGGACUUACUAGACGUCAUCAGGAUAAAGCUGGAUCCGUAUCACCCGACAGUAAAAAACUGGAGGAAUUUUGCAAGCAAAUGGGGCAUGCCCUAUGACGAACUGUGUUUCCUGGAGCAGAGGCCUCAGAGCCCCACCUUGGAGUUCUUGCUCCGGAACAGUCAGAGGCCGGUGGGCCAGCUGAUGGAGCUCUGCAGGCUCUACCACAGGGCCGACGUGGAGAAGGUCCUGCACAGGCUGAGUGUUUUCACCCAUGAGAUCAAGCUUCGUUAAGAAACAAACAAAACUCACCAGGCCCAACGUUGGAAUGUAACCACUUCUAGUACCUACUGUCCCAGCUGGAUACAGGGUCACGAACAAACACUACACAGAGGUUUAGCCGAGAAUGGGGACUCUUUCACACUGACGCUGGGGCAGGAGAUCGGCAUUAAAAUCCAACUUUUAAAAGAUUUCACACCGAAUGAAAAAUUGGUUCCAAAGAGUAUCUGAUGUUCUUAGAUGGUUUUAGGGGGAGGUGAAGUGUGGUUGAUGGAAGGGUUUGCUGCUGGAAAGAUGGGAGGAAAAAGCCCUUUCCCUCCUGCCAUCUCCCCCCUCCCCCCUCCCCCCUCUAGGUCUCCACUGUCUCCAAAUGGAGACAGAAAAGAGCAGGUGGUCCUCCACCCCCAACCCCAGCCAUCGUUCCCACAGUGGGAGGAUGGGAAGGUUCCCUUAUUCCCAGAGACUCCCUCCAGCCCCAGCAGUGACACAAGAGAGAGGGACAGCGCCAGAAGAAAGGGCAACCUGGUAGAGGAGAGGAUUGGCAUAACAACACCCCCACCAAGGCGCCCUCCCUUCCCUGCUGCGCCAUCUUCCCUGGUCUUCCCCGUCGCCGCCCCCCCCCCCCCCCCCCCAGUUCCCAGCUCAGUGGAUACUCUGCUCUAUUGAAACCCAUGGCACAUCACAUACCACCCUCGGUGGCUUAGAGCAGUAGCUGAGGGACGUGGCCUUCUAAAUUUCCAUUCAGUAGGGUCACAGCUGCAAAUUUCACAAAAAAAUUUAAGUUUGGGGCGCC